AAAAAAAAACAUUAACGUAUUUGGAAAAUAAAAUGGGUAUUUGAAUUCGGAUAACGAGGUUGCAUUACACGCAGUAGAAAAGCGCAUAUGGAAGAAAGUUUGACUGAGAGAACCCAAAGUUUUGACGUUUGUGGCUACUUUCUACUGCCAAAAGAUUUGAUUUGACUCUCUGCUUGCUUCGAGGGAAAGCAAGAGUGGUGGACAAGCCUCUCUGCCUUCUCGCCGUUAAACAGAAACUGACGCCGUUUGCUCUUCCUGGUACAAGUAACGGCGGUAAGCACCAUCACCGCCGUUAAGAGGAACAAAACAAACAAAAAGAAUAAAAUAAAUAUAUACCUCUUAUUCUUCUCUUUAAACACUCACUGAAUCUUCAGUUUCUUUUGUUAAUUCCUCCAAGGAAACAAAAAAAAAAUGUACGAAGAUCAUCAAGUGGCGAAAUCAGGCAAAGAAGGAGGACACAUGGUUACUAAUUACUCCGACAACAUUUUCGGUUCGGCGUCUUCAUCUCCGACAGGAACAGUCCAAAACCCUGAUUUCAAACUUAGCACCUUCCUAAACCCUAACUUCUCCUACGUUAUCCCGAAGGAAGAGUAUGGGAUGAUGAGCAUGACUGAAAACGGGUCAGCUUGGUCGGGUAAUAACCCGGUUGAGGAUAGCGCAAUCGAACAACAGCUUCCUCCGGUUAAGAAGAAACGCUUACACAGACACAGUACUCAUCAGAUUCAAGAAAUGGAAGCAUUCUUCAAAGUAAAUCCUCAUCCGAAUGACGAUGACAAAACCAGAUUAAGUGAAGAACUUGGUCUCACGCCUCUACAAGUCAAGUUUUGGUUUCAAAAUCGACGUAACCAAAUAAAGAUAGAACAAGACAGAAGCGAUAAUAAGAUGCUAAAAGCAGAGAACGAGACUCUUAAGACAGAGAACCGGAAGCUUCAGUUCGAUCUACAACGCCUCUCCUGCUCAUCUUGUGGCGGCUCUAGAGACAAACUCCACCUCGAAAACUAUCGCCUCCGCCAAGAGCUUGAUCGAUUACACAGCAUUGCCUCAUUGAUGAAUCCUUGUCUUCCUCCACCAGAAACAGCCUGUCUUUUUCCAGACAUGAAGGAUAACAUAACCAACAACUUGUUAAUUGCGAAAGAAGAUAAGGCGGUUGCAAUGGAUCUUGCGGUUUCUUGCGUUCAAGAGUUAGCGAAGAUGUGUGCCACAAAUGAGCCGCUGUGGAACAAGAAGGGGUCAGACAACGAGAUAAUCUCUCUUAAUGAGGACGUGUACAAGAAGAUGUUCCAAUGGCCUUCAGUGGAUGAUAAUCAUUUUCGCAGAGAAGCUUCAAGAGCUAACACAGUCGUCAUCAUGAACAGUAUAACUCUUGUCAACGCAUUUCUUGAUGCUGAUAAAUGGUCGGAGAUGUUUUGCUCGAUAGUGUCAAGAGCCAAAACAAUUCAGAUCAUUUCUUCGGGAGUUUCUGGAGCAAGUGGGUCUCUUCUUCUGAUGUAUGCAGAGUUACAAGUGCCAUCUCCAUUAGUACCAACAAGAGAAAUUUACUUUCUACGGUAUGUGAAGCAAAACGCAGAAGCUGGAAAAUGGAUGAUUGUAGAUUUCCCGGUUGACGGUUUGAUCAAACCGGCUUCGGGUAUUACUACUACUGAUCAGUACCGGAGAAUGCCUUCUGGUUUCAUCAUUCAGGACAUGUCUAACGGAUACUCUCAGAUCACGUGGGUUGAGCACGUGGAAGUGGAGGAGAAGCACGUGCACCACGAGAUGGUUAGAGAGUAUGUAGAGAGCGGUGCAGCCUUUGGUGCUGAAAGAUGGCUAGCUGUGUUGCGGAGACAGUGUGAGAGGAUGCCUAGUCUCAUGGCUACAAACAUCACUGACCUUGGAGUGAUACCGUCUGUAGAAGCAAAGAGGAAGUUGAUGAAGCUGUCACAGAGUAUGGUGAGAACUUACUGUCUGACCAUAAGCAAUUCGUACGGACAAGCACUGUCUGAAUCACCAAAAGAGACGGUGAGAAUCACAACCAGGAAAGUUUGUGGUGGUGUUGUUCUAUGUGGCGUCUCCACCACGUUGCUUCCUUAUUCUCAUCAUCAAGUCUUUGAUUUUCUGCGCCACGAUCAUGGUCGCUCUCAGAUGGAGGAGAUGUUCAAUGAGAACCCGUUUCAAGAAGUAGCUCAUAUCGAAAAUGGAUCACAUCCUGGAAACUGCAUUUCGCUUCUUCACUUCCAUGGGGCUAGUAGUUCAAAUAAUGUAGAGUGGAUGCUUCAAGAAACAUGCACUGAUAACUCCGGCAGUCUCGUGGUUUACUCCACCGUCCACGCCAACGCUGUUCAGCUCGCUAUGAGCGGCGAGGAUCCUUCUAGAAUUCCUCUUUUGCCCUUAGGGUUCUCUGUUGUUCCUGUGAAUCAACCCCAUGUCGUUGAGGGCAUUUCCGUCAAUUUGGAUUCGUGUUUGCUCACCGUUGCGAUACAGGUCUUGGUGAGCAACGCCACCACAGCAACACUCAACCUUUCCACUACAGUUAUCAACAACCGUAUUUGCUCAACUGUCUACCGUAUCUCCUCCGCUCUCGGAAGUCCUCUGCUGCCGGAGAUUCCGUCGAGCUUUAAACAAGAAAUAAGCAACUAAGAGAAAGAUUUUUAGGGUAUUUUGGUAAUUAAAACGCAGCUUAAACGGAUUAGGUUUGUUUUGUAGAUCCCAUCCCAUGAGAAGGGCUAAACACUAAAUUUUUUGGGGAAGUCAAGAACGCACCAAGGCAUGAUUGUAUUUUUGUGAACCGGGCUUUAUCCGGUUUGGUACAUGCGUGACUGGUUCGAAAUUGACUUCCGAUUUGGAUAAACCAAAAAGUUGGAUGUAAUUGGUUUUAUUAUUUUGCAACUUUAAUGCUAGUUUUAUUAAAUCUC